UCCGUGUCAUCAUCUGAAAGGUUUUUUACAGCCCAAAAGACCCUCGACAACUAAACCUUCUACUUGGUAACGGGUUCUACCCUCGAUGAGUGCGAUAUUGGGUAUUGCUUUCGUUGCGCUUCAUUGCCCCACGUUUAGUUCUCAGAAUUAGACCUCGGAACUUGUCGAUGUCUAGUCGCUCUUACGUCACCAUAAACCAUCAACAUCCGCAGGUUAACUUCCACGCAUUGCGAACUCGGGGCAUCCACCGAUAUCUCAGUGACGAGCGCGAAUCUAUGCAGUAUCAAAAAAUAAGCCCUUUACGCAACUUGGUAACUACACGGUACUUUCUCGCACGCGGAAGCGGAACUCGGUACCUUUCGACUAACCUUGGAGGUUCCCAUUCUCGAUCAAACACUUCACUCUCUCAAAACUCAAGGGUGACUUUAUUAUAUCCAGUUCUACCUUCAACGCUUCUCCAACACAUCCGCCACAAAUCAAUAAAGACCAAGCACACAAUGACAGACGCCACAAACCACCCGCUCUCAGGCCUGUGGCAGCCCACGCAGCUCCAGAGACUGCACUACGGCUCCGAAUCUGUCAAGAAACACCUACUAGAAUGCCUUCCGAAGAAUUCGAGUAAGGCUUUCAUAAUCACCGGCAACUCCCUAGCCACAAAAACACCUCUAGUUAAGCAAGUAGAACAACUCCUAGGAACCAAGCACGCCGGCACCUUCUCCAAAAUCGGCGAACACGCACCCGUCGCCCAACUCGACGAAGCCACCAAAAUCGUUGAAUCCGACAGUGCAGUCGACACGGUCAUCUCCAUUGGCGGCGGCAGCCCCAUCGAUUCGGCAAAAGCAAUCAGUUACCGCCUGCACGACAAGUCUGGAAAAUGGCUGUACCACAUCGCCAUCCCCACGACGCUGUCCGCAAGUGAAUGCACAAUGAUGGCCGGCUACACUGAAUCGGACGGGAUGAAAACCGGCGUACGCGCAAAAGAACUCGUCCCCCACGUCGUCCUGUACGAUUCCAGUUUCGCCCUGCAAACCCCCGCGAGACUAUGGCUCAGCACCGGACUACGCGCGCUCGACCACGCAGUCGAACUCUUGUACCAUCCCACUGCCUCUGAGAUGCCCGCGCGUUGGUCAACGCUACAAGCGGCGGGCAGUCUAUUUGAGAAUCUGCCAAAGUACAAGGCGGAUCCAAAGGACGAGGACGUCGUGACGAAACUGCAACUAGCGGCUUUUGCCUCCCUGGGCUUCCUGGGGUAUAAUAUGAAAGGCGGUCUCGGCCUUUCCCACGCGCUGGGGUAUGCGCUUGGAUCGCCGUAUAGUAUCCCCCACGGCAUCACGUCGUGCUUGACACUCGGGCACGUUGUUAAACUCAAAGCUGCGGAUCCAGCUGCUGCGGAGCAGAUAGCGCGUCUGCUACCUUUUAUCAAGGAGACUUCGUCCGGGGAUACGAAGAAGGAUGCUGCGAAGGUCGGUGAUGCUAUUUUGAAGCUGGUGCGGGAUUUGGGGCUUGAUAGUGAUUUGAGGAAUUAUAAUGUUGGUAGGGAUCAGAUUCCGGUCAUUACGAAGAGGGCGACUGGGGUGGAGAGUGGGGAUGUGUUUGAUGGUGUUGAGGGGUUGGUAAAGGGUUUGUUUGUAUGAGGUGAUGGUGACGACGUCUAUAGAAAGAGAAGAUGGAAUAUUGCGUCAGUUAUACGAUUGCUGAGUGGGAUUGUUAGAUUGUAUAUUCUAUCCUGUUCUUUAAAUUUGGUCUAGAGUUAGUAGGUGCUGUGUUUCACAAGGCCUAUCUCUUCUUCGUCUCCCUGAAGUAUACGGACCAUUUCCGUUUUUAAAGCAAUAGGUAGCCUA